AUGGCUCCUCAAGCCACUUCCGUUUCUCUGCUAAGAGCUGCAUCUUUCCGCAUCUCGAAUGCAUCCAAAGCUGAGCUUCCUCAGGUUGCUGCUCUGACUGCUCAGUCUCUGCUUUCUUGCCGCGACAUCUUCACCCAACCCGAUCUGGCCAACCAAAAGGACUCUGACGCCGCUCUCGCUCUCCACAGGUUCAACACUCAGAUCACUUCAUUGCUCGGUGACCGCCAUGUUGAAGGACGUUGGGCUGCUGUUGUUCUAAUCAAAGCUACCAUUGAGGCAGGUGGUUGGGAGAUUCUCAAAAAGUCCAUUGCUUGGGUGCGCGGUCUCUUGAUUCUGCUCAAGAAACCCGACCCUCCUCUUUUGAGAUGUCUUACCAUUGUAACCCUGACCCGCAUCUUCAUGCUUACUUGGGAAUUCCCCACUCUAAUCAGAGAAAUCACCACUCCCUCUCUGCCAACCUUUGUAUCCACCUGUCUCAACAACCUCGCUUCACGUCAACCUACCCCUCAGGAGAUAAAGGCCACUCUGGAAUGCUUCGCUCAACUUCUGCCUCGCCACCCUACUAUCUUCCGCCAACACCAGGAUGCCGUCGCAAAGCUCUUGACUGUUGUCUUCGAAGACAAGACUUCGGGUGACUGCGUUCUCGAUCUUGCCUCUCGUAUCUCUGUCUUGCUUCAUCAAUGCGAGCCCAAGAAUGGCGCCAGCGAGAAGUGGGAAGCUACUCUUGUCGCUACCCUACAUAGUGCUCAUGCCAUGGCCGAUAGAACUUUCAUGAGCGUCGACGAGGAUUGGCAAUCUGUCACUGGCACGAAUUUUGUCAACAAGAACAUCUUGUCUGAGCUCUACUCCAAGGCUCAGCAGGCCAGAACCCCUGCAGAAGGUCCUGUAGGCCAAUUCAUCACGCCGGGCUACCAAGGAUUGAUGAACCAUCUUCGAUUACUUACUGCUUACUUUGCAUCAGCUACUUCUGCCUCUGUUGUAGCAUCUGUAGGCGCUGUGACAGAUCUGCUUACUAGACUGAUGUCCAACACCAUCUCCACUAGUUCGACUAGAAGCACCAUCCGCUUCAAGCGUGAUGUCACCAGAGAGGAGCGCGAUGCAUUGACUGAGGUCCUUCCUCAGAUUCAUGUUGCAUGCUUGGAAGUCCUCUCCAUCUUUUUUGACCGCUACGGCAAAGUUCUUGCGCCGGCCUCGCAACCCUUCCUCGACCAGAUUAUGUGGAUUUUCCAUGCUUCUUCGGCUAACGUUGAAGUCAGAACUGCAACUUAUGUUGUUGGCAAGAAGAUCUUGGAUGUUUCAGGUCAGUCACUCAAUAAAGACGCCAUUAGUGCCUUGAAAAAGUACAUCAAUGCAUGCUGCGAAGAUGUGUUGCCUACCAAAGAGGAAAAAGACGCUCAGAACAGCAAUGGCAACAAGCAACAAUCAACCAUGAAUGCCGACACCUUCCUCAAGCAAGGUAGCGCCAAGCCAUCGGCGAAGACAGAGCUUGCAGGGCUGAAGUCCGCAGCAUGGGAUCUGCUUCCUACUCUGCUUGGCCAACUUCCUGCAGAACAUUGCUCUAUUGCUCUGCGCGCAACUAUGGACCGCACAGCAGUUCUGGCUCGUCAUAAAGAUGCUGUCAUGGCAAGCACUCUCAAUCAUACAUCUACAGCCAAAGCCGCACGCAAAGGCAACAGCCUGCUCCCCCUCCUUGCCCGCGAAUACCCUACCGAUCCCUCGGUGGAAGCUCUUCUCCGACCCAGAAUGCCCAUCCUGCAGACCGGCCGCAAAGCCACUGAUGCCGAGACCGAAGCCGAGGCCAUCGACGAAGAUGAAGACUCGAUCUCUGAAGAUGAAGAAGAUCAAGUCCCAGCAGAAGACAUCACCGAGAUUGCAGAAAGCGUGUCACAUGCCGCUGGGUCAUCAAUAGAUACCUCAAGCAACAAAGAUCUCGCAUCCAAGGAGCAAGAACUCGUCAACUGGGCAUUGAACGAGUAUGUCCAAGGAACAAUGGGUCAAAAAGCCGCGGACGAGCUUUCUGGCAAAUCGACCAAGGGAAGUAGCAACGAAGCCAUUGGAGCAGCUAUUGAAGCAGCACACGAAGCGAAUAGAAGUAAGAGGCAACGUGAGGAUGAGCCUGAGACGGUAGUGGCAGACAAGAGACAAAAGUCCAUCGAGCCUCAAGCAACUGCCGAAGACAGCGACGAUGAUGAGUUCGUGGUCCCGGAGAUUGUCAUGGGCGAUAGUGAUGAUGAGGACGAAUAG